CCUCUCUAUUUAACCUCGAAAGUUACUGUCAACAGAGCUUGACGAACGUGGACUCUUUUACAACUCUCGAUUUGUCCCAUUCGUUUUUCAAGCAUACUAGCAACUCUUAUAUCUCUCAAAUACCGGAAAUAUUAAAAUGCUUGAUCCGGUGGAGCACAUGUACUGCGCUGAGCAGAUAAACAUACCCGUGAAUUUUCCCUACAUUUUGAAACUUUAUGCAAAAGCUGCAGUUCGAACUCAACCAUACGAUUUACUCAGAUGGACAUCUGCUUAUUUUCGAGCUCUGGCUGAUGAAAAUAUUCCACCUGUUAAAGAACGUUUGGAGUAUCCUCCUUACGACCAUCCCUCGGGAAUCACCCCUGGAUACCUUAAGGCACUACUGAAUCAGUAUGGUCACGUCGAAAGGUUAACCUUGAAGUCACUUUUAAGCAGCUGGGACGAAAUCGGUUUCUCUGAAGCCAGUCUUUAUCAGAUAUCGACGAUUGGGCAGUUCCUGAAGGAGCGGGAUUGCGAUUUUUAUCAGUUUCUGGCAAUAGCCUGCGGUCUCCUUGGAAAUAACCUUUUUGAGACGAUGGUAUAUGUGUGCGAACUCUUGACGGAGGAGCCUGAGGGCGGAUCCGCGAUGAUACCACUGAAAACGUUUCUCAGCCUCUACGGAUAUCUCGCAAAUCUCAAUUGCACGGGAGAACCGGAAGCCUCAGACGUUUGCUUCUGUGAAAGUGCAUCCGAGAUCGCUGAGAAAGAAGAAGAGGAGGGUGACGAGGAAUUUAAAGCAAUAGAAAAAGAACAGGUAGAAGAAGCGGAAGUAAAAACGAGAACUAGCAGAGAAACUGUCUCAGAUCUGGCACUUGGUUAUGCGGAUCAAAUAGGUGAAGAGACUGAGUCAUAUCACCAAGUUGCAGCAGAUCAGACGAUUCAAGAGGUCGACAAGGACGAGGUUAUUCCUCAAGUCUCUGGAGAGGAAGAUGACCUGGAACUUCUGCGAAAACCAGUGCAGAAUCAGACCGUAGAUGCAGAUAUCCCUGAAGUUGAAAGAGAACCUGAAGAUGAGGGCACACUGGAAGAAAAAAAAGUUUUAGAAGAUGAAAAGAAAAAUUCUCAAAUUGUAGCCAUUAUCGAUCGAGUAGAUCAAAGUCCUGAAAUCAAACCUAUUAAUGGUGAUCAGGAACCCUUACCGGUAACGGAAACUCCUCGCAUUUCUCACGAGAUUGUCGAUGAGCUGAAAAAUGUGGAUGAGAAGGAAAACGAGGUUGAGGAGGCGAAAAAAAAGAGAGAGCAUGUUUAUAGCUAUUCGUUUAAAGAAGUGGAGACAGAAAGCAGCAGCUUCGAGGAUGAAUACAAUGAGCAUGAACCUAUUAUAGGCCUUGAAAAACUUUUAGAAGGAACCUUUGAGUGUCGCGAGUCAAAAGGAGAGACCGAACAGCCGCCGGAAAUGAAACCCCCAGUGGACCUUCUCGAGGAGUUUGUCAGUAGGAUGAAGGUCCAAUUUCCAAAUCCAUGUGAGCUUUUCAAAGUCCCUGGGAUUGGGCCAAAAGUCUCUGAAGACAAAGUGACUGCAGUUGGACUUUGGUUGGCUGAGUGUUCUCGUCGUCAAAACGGCGUCGUUGGUCCGCGAAACAUGAGACACUUCCUGUGUCCAAGUCUUGAUGAUCAUCCAGCAUAUGAGGAUCGCCAGAGGACGAAACUCAAGUGUCCUUGAGUCUGGAACCAGUGGAACUCAAGAAAGUUUCUUUUAAUUUUCGACCUUUUUGUUGGGCACCUCUCAACUCCAGCUGAGGUGUGAUCGAUCUUUGUGUUGUAAUUUCAUUUUUCUUUCUCCCCUUCAAGUUCAAAGACCCUCUCCGUAUUAAGUGCCUUGCUGGGCUAGUCGAAGAGAAAAGAGCUUUCUGCGAAGUACUCGCGUUUUUACUCCAUAAAAUGUUAUCGCCCAGGAAACAAUGGAAGCUUUCAAUUUUAUUUUUUUGUGGAAUUGAACCUUUUGGGAAAAAGCAUUAUUUCGAUCUAAAUCUGC